UGCUGAGUGAUUUUGAGGUGGUGCUGGAUACUAUCCAUUACCAUUACUUGCAGUGAGAUUCAGGGAUAAUCAAACUUGGCAUAAUAAAUUACCAAGAUAAGAUAGAUUCUCUCCUUACAACAACGUCUCCUGUCUCCUCACAUUUUCACGAUGAGGGAAAGGAAGGCAACAGAUCCACUCCAUUCAUCCACAGAUCUGACUGAAGGGAACGAGAAGUUAAGACUGAAACAAGAGGUUGGCCUGAUUAGUGGCGUGUCAUUAAUUGCAGGUACCAUGAUAGGCUCGGGGAUCUUUAUGUCCCCUGAGUGGGUACUACACCACAUGGGGAACCCUGCCAGCAGCCUGCUGAUCUGGGCAGCAUGUGGUCUCCUGGCCAUGUUUGGAGCCUUGUCGUACGCUGAGCUUGGAACAAUAAUUAAAGAGUCUGGAGGAGAAUAUAUUUACAUUUUGAGGAUUUUUGGUUCCUUUCCUGCUUUCCUUUUCGCCUACACUUCUGUCAUCCUGGUGAGACCAGCUGGUUUGGCAGCUGUCUGUCUGAGCUUUGCUGAGUAUGCCAUUGCACCGUUCUACCCAGGAUGCGCGUCUCCGCAGGUUGCCGUCAAAUGUACAGCUGCUGCCUGCAUCCUGAUUUUAACUAUCAUCAACUGCCUCAACGUGAGGCUGGCAACAUCUGUUAUGAACAUUUUUACAGCUGCCAAACUCUUGGCUUUGUUGGUGAUUGUGGUGGGUGGGUUGGUGCUGCUUGCCAAGGGACAAACUCAGAGUUUUCAGAAUGGUUUUCAAGGCACCACUGCAGGGAUUGGGGCAGUUGGAGUGGCGUUUUACCAGGGGCUCUGGUCCUAUGAUGGAUGGAACAACCUGAAUUAUGUAACUGAGGAACUGAAGAAGCCUGAGGUGACCCUUCCCAGAGCUCUGAUGAUUGCCAUUCCUUUGGUUACGUGCCUGUAUUUGCUGGUAAACGUGAGCUACUUGGCAGCCAUGACUCCCUCUGAGCUGCUGUCUUCAGGAGCUGUGGCUGUCACCUGGGGGGACAAAGUCCUGGGCAGCUGGGCAUGGCUCAUCUCCCUGUCGGUGGCCCUGUCUACGUUUGGUUCCUCGAACGGGACGUUCUUCAGCGGAGGCCGCGUGUGCUACAUUGCUGCCAGGGAGGGCCAUAUGCCAGACAUUCUGUCCAUGGCUCACGUGCGACGCCUCACGCCCUCCCCUGCUCUACUGUUUACAUCUGCAAUGUCUUUAAUAAUGAUAAUAUCAGGAAGCUUCACCAGCAUCGUCAACUUUUUCAGUUUUAUGGCAUGGCUUUUCUAUGGAAUGACUAUUUCUGGGCUCCUGUAUUUAAAAAUCAAGAAACCAGAACUACCAAGAUCUUACAAGGUCCCAAUUAUCAUCCCCAUAAUUGUGCUGGUGGCAGCUGUGUACCUGGUGUUAGCUCCCAUCAUUGAUCAACCCCAAAUAGAGAUCCUCUACAUCGUGCUGUUCAUUUUCAGUGGCAUCAUUUUUUAUUUCCCACUGGUUCACUUUAAGUACCACCCUCGCUUCUUACAGAGAGCCACUUUACACCUCCAGUUGUUGCUGGAAGUUGCUCCAACUACCAGGGAUGCAAACUGAGAUAACAUCCUUCUGGUGGGUGCUUGCACCUCAUGGUUUAUCCCAGCACCUUGGUUUUCAAGGCUCAGAAAAUAUUCUUCUGUAAAGAGCACUGAGUAGAAUGUGAGUGACACUAAGUGUCCAGGUGAGAUGGACUACAGCUGUGACUCCUCAUGUUUCCCUAAAAUUCUGGGGACGUUUUUCUCCUUUUCAGCUUUGCCUUGGCAUUACAUAUGGAUUCCAAAUGAAUAUGUGCUUUUGUAUUUUUCAUCCCCAAAAGGGCUGUUUCUCAGGAUCUUAUCUCCUAUUUCAAGAUAAAAUGCAGCAAAAGAUAGACAAUGAAAUAUUAUUCAUAUAGCAGACUGAGUCCCAUAGCCAUUCCUGGCAAUGCCUUUAAUUAUUUUCACCUUGUACACCUUUAAUUAUUUACACACUGUGGCUGCAGAGCUUCUCAAAUCAAUAAAGCAAGGGCUCACCAUGGCCACAAGAAAUAAACCCUUUUUCACUCAGGUAUUCACCCUGGAAGAUUAUGCUUCUUCCAGUUCCAAGUGCACAGUCACAACAGUCCUUUCUCUGUCUCAGAAACCAUCCCACAUCUCCCACAGAAAACUCUCUGACAUGAGACAAGAAGUGCUUUAAAGCUCUGUCAGUUCACUCAGUUGAGAAUGCACUUGUCAUCUGGGAUCCAUCCAUUCAGGAUGAGGAUGCAAGCAGCAUCACUCAAGUGCCAACAUUCACACCUGUGCUUCCUGUGAUCCCCUUAAGAAAAAAACCCUUAUUUUGUGACAAAGUGAGGGGGGGGAAAAAAAAUCAAAAAACCCUAGAGCACAUGUACCAGCAAGAUACUCUGACCAGGAAUUAAAGAAACCACAUACUGGGCUACAUUAGGAGAAGUGUGGCCAGCAGAGCAAGGAAAGUCUGUCUGUAUGGACUCAACCCCUGAAAUAAUGCAUCUGGUGUUGGGCCCUGCUGUUCAAGGUGGAGUUAUGAAGGCAGCUCAGAGCAGUGGUCACAAGCUGUAGCUUGAGAUGUUCAGGCUGGGAAAUGUGCCCCAUGA